ACCCAACGGCCAUUACUCUUCCCACACGCCUCUGGAGCCCCAAAAGCUCACUUUUUCACUCCAACCCACUUUCCUUCCCUCCUCCUCUCUUCUUCUCCCUUUGCCCCAAAAGCUCUGCUUUCCCACAAACAGAACCCGAAAAACUCAUCUUCACUUAGAAACACAACAAACAUACAGAGAAAAUGUCUAACAAGUCACCAAUAUUUCCGAUGCCACAACCUCAACACUUCAGCGACUAUGGCUUUGACCCUCAAAUCGACUAUUUUCAGGUCCUGGAAGAAGCAAGAAGGCACAAACGUGAGACAACAAGAUCCAUAGACUCCAUACACUUCAAGCUCCAAAAACCCAUCUCCAAAGACGACCCCAAAAAGACCCACAAGGCCAAGAAGAAGCGCUGGUGGAAAAGCGCUCUGCUUUUCUUCAAAUGCGUCACCCACCACCACCAUGGCCACAACAAUCGCAGCGAAGAAGACGUGCACCAGGCCAGGGCUAAUGCCUUCAGGGCCUCAAUUUCAGGUCCCGUCUAUAUCACAGAGAGCAGAAGUGGCUCGAGCACGCCUUACCGUACGACAAGCAGGCCGUCGUCGGGACCCCUCGCCGGAACUCUGUCUCCGUCGAGUAGGGGUGAGCUGGACAUUCCAUAUCUCAGCCUCAGGGAGCUUAACAUGGAGCAGCAGCAACAGAGGAACUCUACCUCUGCCAUGCCAAUAUAUUUGGUUACUUGAUUACUGAGUGAUUAGAUUAAUCAUAUUGUUAGUCUUUGGAGAGCCAUAUAUAUAUUUUACUAAGCUCUCUUCUUUUGAUUAAUUAAAUGGGGGUGUUAAUUGGGGUUUGUUUGUCCAUUUUUGUUUUUGCAAACUGCAAAGGCAAUUUGAUCCUUUGGAGGAAAGCUAGAUCCUCCUUUUGGUGUUUGUUGCUCACUUUUUCAAGCUAUGAAACUAUUGAACCCUGCUUUGACCUAA